AUGCUCGAAUCCGCGCGCAAGAAGCAGCGCCUAUCUCCGGAGGUUGCCGCGACACCAAAUGCUACGGACCGUACCGAACCUACCACUCCAUUCCGCCGCGCAAUCAGCGCAGGCCCCACACCAGAGAGCCGCAAAACACCCACCUUUCGAACACCAGGCACCGUUGCGAGGACUCCCCGAGGGGGGCCAGCGACACGGCCGAUAUCAGCGCGCAGAGCGGUACCAACGACACCUCAUGCGAUCAGGGCGUUGAGAGAGCGAGCCAAUGCUGCGCGAACGCCUGGGAACAGCCGGCGGAGGAGUGGGAGGGUACAGCGGGAGACGCCUCGAGACCUCCUGCGCAACCUCAGCAGAGCACUCGCGCAAGACAGCCGCCCAGUCGAGCCAGAACCCCAGACACUGCCACGCCGAAGUCGACACUCUGCUCUCGACCUCCCAGAUGUCGCGGAUAGCCCCGAUGUUGCCGCGCCCCGGCUCAGCAUGCCGCUAGAAGAUAUGUACGACGAUGACAGCUUCCACGAACGACCACCGAGACAGUCUUUACUACCAGAGUUGCCAGACGACGUGGAUGGCGGCACAGUUCAAUCGCUCGAAUUUGGGCGCCGAGCUCUAAGUGAGGAUCCCCGAUAUGUCAGGAGAGCCAGCGAGCGGUUUGCGGACUUCAGCGAGCUAGGGGCAGUGGACGAGGAGUUUGAAAUUGAUGGAACGUUCAUCAACCGGCGGCGCACAGGAGCCUUUGAUCCACUGCUGGAUCAGACCAUUGUAGAGGAAGAUGAAGACACAGUCGAAGCAUUGACGGGGCGGCGCGACGGUCCGUCCAGCGACGCAGACUUGGGCGUGUUUGGUCAAGGAGAUGACGACACCGAGGAACCCACAUUCAGAUUCCAUAUCCCGGAACAGAUACGAGCGCCCAUCGAGGAAGGAGCUGAGGAGCAAGUGGAGCUGGGCGACACUAUUACGCUACCAGAUGUCGCAGGAGAAGAGGAGGAGGAUCUAGAAGUCGACGAAGAGACACCCCCACUCGACGAACCAGAAGAAACAGGGGCAUUGGAUGUGAAUGAACCUACAGAAGCAUUUGGCAUGACAGGCUGGGAGUCAGAUCCAGGCGGAGACGACGACCUCGAGCUUGCCGCCUACCGCGAAGAAGAGUCCGCCCUAGACCGCAGUCUGCAGGUUCCCGAAGCCCCAGCUUUAGUCCAGAAACGCAUGGCAACACGACGGAUAGAGCUCAAGCUAUCACGAGUCGGCCUAGACUACCCAUCUUUCCCUGCUGCGCCGGUCAAGAAACUAGCGCUCAGCUUUAUGAAAUCGCAAGGCAGCAAAGCGCAACUGAACAAAGACGCACUUGCCGCCCUCGUACAAACAACCGACGACUUCUUCGAGCAGAUAGGUAUAGAUCUAGCUGCGUACGCACAACACGCCGGCCGGAGAACGAUCGAAGAGAGCGAUGUCCUGGCGCUCAUGAGACGGUAUGUUACAUUUCCUUACUUACUAACGCGCAAGACGAGCAGCAACACGACGAGCUUCUCGCUCGCGCAGAAAAUGCUGCCAAGAGAGUUGCUGCAGCAGCUCAGGAUGGAACCGCAGCCGAAGCUCAAGGGCCAGAAGCGGAAACGCUUGGCUACUGUACAGGAGGAAGACGAUGAGUGA